AAAAACACAGCAAAAACAAAUAAUUGAAAGAAUAGCUUGUCCAUAAAUUACACGAACCAUAUUAUCAUCCAAUCUUAAAAAAAAACCAAACAACAAACUACAAAGCUCCUUAAAACUUUGGUCUCAUCGGAUCUCAAAAACAUUUUUGUUCGAUUAACGUUAAACUGAUUUCUAUCAGUCACUUUUUAACAACGAUUUUCAUAUGUUUUUUUGAAAUCGUUACGUUUCGGUGAUUGGCAUCAGAUUUUGUUGCACAUUCUUUUUGAGAUCUAAUUGAUGUGGAUCGGAGAAGAAAACUAGAUUCUGAUUCGCUUUUGUGUAAGUACAAGGAUUUGUGGUUCAUGUACACUUAGGAUUUGGGAUAAUUAGGGUUUCCGGAGCUGGAAUUUUGAGGAUUCUGUUCCCGAUGUGUGAAUAAAUUGUUGUUUGUAUAAAAUUUGUAGCUGUGGUUAUAUAAGGAAAUUCUUGAGAUGGAUCUAUCCUCCAUUAGCGACGAGUUAGCGGAGAUAGACGGGCAGAUUAGUGAUAUUUUCAGAGCACUAUCAAAUGGGUUCCAAAAGCUGGAGAAAAUCAAAGACUCGAGUAGGCAGAGUCGACAACUGGAGGAGCUUACAGGCAAAAUGAGGGAGUGUAAGAGGCUGAUUAAAGAGUUCGACCGGGAAGUGAAGGAUGGUGAGCACAGCUAUGGUCCAGACGAGAACAAAUUGCUUACAGAGAAAAAACAGUCAAUGAUUAAAGAGUUAAACUCCUAUGUCGCUCUCAAAAAGCAAUAUGCAAGCACUCUUGACAAUAAGCGAGUUGAUCUUUUUGAUGGGCCUGGUGGUGGAGAAGGAUAUGGCGAGGAGAAUGUUUUGUUGGCCUCAAAUAUGAGCAAUCAGCAGCUGAUUGACAGUGGUAACCGGAUGAUGGAUGAUACUGAUCAAGCAAUUGAGAGGUCAAAGAAAGUUGUUGAAGACACAGUUAAUGUUGGAGCUGAAACUGCAGCAGCUCUAAAGGCCCAGACAGAGCAAAUGAGUAGGAUCGUUAAUGAGUUAGACUCGAUUCAUUUCUCAAUCAAGAAGGCUUCACAACUGGUCAAGGAAAUCGGUAGGCAGGUUGCAACUGAUAAAUGUAUUAUGGCCUUCCUUUUUCUAAUUGUUAUUGGAGUCAUAGCCAUUAUCAUUGUCAAGAUUGUGCAUCCAAAUAACAAAGACAUUCGAGAUAUUCCCGGUCUUGGUCCACCAGUCCAAAGCCGAAAACUUCUUUGGCUUCCGGACAAUGUUUAUUACAGCAAGUGAGAAGUUGACAGAGCAUAUAUUUUGAGGAGCUUAUUAGUAAAAAGAUGCAUGAGAGGUGGAUGGUUUACAUUCGUUUCUGAUUGAUAAAGCAUUGCAGCAGCUCAAAAUGAGAAGAUUCUGAGUGAGAGGACUCAAUAAGUUGAACAUACGUAAAGAAUCUUCCGGAAGUGAUAUUUUGCCAGGGAUUGCAUAAUGUUCAUUUAUAUCUGUGUUAAUUCUUUUGGUUAAUGAUGAAGUUUUACGACGUGUAUUGUGUUGGCCAUCUUUCUUCUUUGUGAUGAAUAUUUCUGAUUCUUAGUCAUUUGGUCUCCCCUUGUGGGUGUAAGGGAGACCUAAAAACACGUACUUAAAACAGUUUACCUUACGUUACGAUAUAACACUUACUGGUGUACAUUCAUUUAUCUUUCCUCA